AUUUUUAUCUACACUAUUGUCAACGCCAGCCAAUUAUAUGGAUACUGGAAAUGAGAUGAACGAAGUUCAAAAGAGUUUCAGUGGUUAUCGCGUGAGGAACGACUCUCUACGAAUGGUAUAUUUUCACGACCAGACUAUAGCUGUAGUUGAACUUGGCGCGAAGAAACUAUUGCUGAGCUGUGAACUUAUUGAAAUAUAUAAUGAUGCAGAUGGUUCCGAACUUCUGGCAAAACUAGCCUCUACUGUUAAUAGACCACUAGGAAUCGGUUUCACGGAGAUGCUCCAACUGAUGACCCAGUGCCAGACAGUCGACAAUGUUGAAAACCUCCAAUUGUCAUCACCGAUAUCGACGUAUGAAAACGAGUACGAUGUGUAUGGUGACAAGGCGUAUGGUACCAAGACGUUUGGUGACAGGACUUAUGACGACUCUGAAUUCGAGGAACCCAAAAGCUCAACCAGCGGCAAAGGUCCGAUUCGGGUCAGGCAGAGUCAACAGGAACACCAGCAGCAAAAACCGCAGCAAAAGCAACAGCAACAGGAGCAACAGGAGCAGCAGGAGCAACAGGAUCAACAAGAAUCCAGAGGGUUCAUAACUACCGGUCCUUUGAGUUUGUUCAGCGGCAUAGUACCAGGAACAAAAUGGUGUGGCACUGGCGACAUUGCGACCACAUAUCACGACUUGGGAAGCGACAAGGACAGUGAUAAAUGCUGCAGAACUCACGAUUUGUGCCCAGUAAAAAUUAGAGCUUUCAAACAGAGAUACAAUUUGACGAACAAUUCACUGUACACCAAAUCACAUUGCCUCUGCGAUGAUUUGUUAUUCGAAUGCCUACGAAACACCAAGACUCCGGCUGCGCAGCUGAUGGGAAACAUAUACUUCAACCUGGUCAGGGUGCCAUGCGUCCAUGACGCUAAUGAUGGACAAAGACAAUUCAGAGGUGCCAGAAGGGGUUUUUAGAUAUAAGUUUAUAAAUAUGGGAACAGAUUAAUUAUCUGAUCCAUUAUGACUAUCAGUGAAAAUCUAAUAUGAUUAGAUUGUUGAUUGGCGUCCACCAAAAACCUUAAGGAUAGUGCAAAUAUGUAUCUAUGGUACAAUGAAGGGGGUUGUUGACAAAAUAUUUGAUA